AAAAUCGAUGUAUUCAUACUCUAGUCUAAAUUGUUUAGUUAUUACUUCGAUUCACCUUAAAAGUGAAGUUUGACAGGUUCGGACGUGUUCGAGGUUUAAUUAUUUACUUCAGUUGUGUCAAUUGAAUUGAUGUCAAGAAAGAAGCGUAAGAGGGUUCUAGUAGAAUAACCAAAGAUUUAAAUGUCUAUUGUAAGUACGAAAAAGGAGUGUAAUACUCCCUCUGGAUCCUCUCAAAAAGUUGUAAGAUUUAAGUUAAAUUAUAACUUGAAGUCAUCACUCCUAAGGUUCGCAAAUGAUAAGGACAGUAAUUUAUAUGAAGAGUUAUUAUGUCAUAUUAGAGAUGUGGGACAAGAAAUUAGGGAUGAUGAUUUAACUCAACUACUAAGAGAAGCAAGAGGUUGCAUAUCGAUCAUUGACGGGAAUUUUAGGCUUUUUGUCCAAGUUGUCUUGAUUUUACGAUGGACUCAACGUUCAGAAGAAGUCAUUCAAGAAUAUCAAGGGUUUUUACAGGAUUUGUGCUCUGCACACAAUUAUUAUACAAAGGUAGUUAUCGAUCACCUAACGACUUCCUUUAAAUCAGAUCAGUAUGACUGGAUUGACAACUUCCCAUCUGACAAAAGCGUAAAAUGUUUCAACAAUUUACACCAAGUUAUUCAAUCUAUUUUGGCCGUCAUCCCUAUGUCAAGAGAAUUGCUUUUAAGCUCAGUCAAAAACAACUUUCCCUAUCUGAAAAAACCUGCCAAGGAACAUCAGUGCUAUGUUUAUAAUGUUCUACAAAUUUCUCAAUAUGAACCUUCUAUUCGUUUUGAAUUAUUAACUGCCAUCAUAAACAAGCUUAUUACAUUAGAUGUUCAUUCACCAAGAACAGAGCUUGAACAUGAAGAAGAUGAUAAAAUGGAAGUUGAUGGAGUUUUCCCACUUGAUAAAGUUUCAUCUGAUUCUGAAUCCUCAGUAGCUGAAAGUUUAGAUUUAAGCCUCCUAUUAGUUUUUAAAUAUCUAAUGUUGGAAUGUCAUAACGAUGAUGGAACUCUUUUAUGGGAUAAAACAAAGUCAUUUUAUUCUGAUUUAUCUAAAAUUUUUGAAGAUGUCAUACUUCCUACUCAUGCUACACAUCAUGUACAGUUUUUAAUAUUUUAUUUUCUCAGUUUUAAAAAACCAACUCUAGGUAGCAAUUUCCUGCAAAUGUUAUGGAAAAAAGUAUCAAAUGCAAAUGUUCCUCCAGUUAUUCGACAAGCUUCGGUGUGCUAUAUAGCUAGCAUUCUUACCAGAGCUAAAUAUAUUUCACUUUUAGUUGUCAAGGACUUGGUUUCAGAAAUGGCUAACUGGCUACAUUCUUACAUAGAUAAUCAUGAUGGGUCCAGCGGAUGUCAAGAUAAUAGGAUUCAUAGCGUCUUCUAUACUACAUGCCAGGCUUUGUUUUACAUAAUAGCAUUUAGACACAAAGAUUUAGUGGAAAAUAAGGGUUUGCUGCAUCUUCAAAAUCUUGGCCUCUCAAAAAUUGUCACAUGUCGAUUAAACCCUUUACGAUAUUGCCUUCCUGUAGUUGUUUCAAAUUUUGCUUCUAUCGCAAGGUCUUAUCAGUUGGCAUAUUGUUAUGCUAUAAUUGAAAGAAAUUCUAGAAACGUAUUGCCUGUUGAGUACAGGGACUCAGCAGGCUGUAUGUCUGGUCUUACAAAGGUCCAUUUUGACACAUUCUUCCCUUUUGAUCCUUAUCUUUUGAAAAAGUCUAAAGUAUAUAUCGACCCAAUUUAUCGAGAGUAUUGUGGACCUCCUGAAACUCAAUUAGUGGCUAAUUCAUCUUCUAAAGAUGAGGACGAUGAUGACUUUUUGGAUACAACGAUAGAACAUCAAUCUACACGUGAUAUUUUUUCAUAUGGUACUUCACCUGGUUUUCUUCAUCAUUAAGAUAUCAUUCUGACAAGUACUUUGUCAUAUAUGAUUUUGACCAAAUUAAGUAUUUGUUGUUUUAAUGUAAAAAGUAAUUAAGGUCAUCAGAUCCCAAAUAUGAAAAAAGAACCAUAAUAAAAAAAAAAUGUUGAACUGGCGUUAUGACUGAUUCUUAUGCCAGAAGUAAAGUGUUAUGUUUGUAUUUAUAUGUAAUGUAUGUAAAAAGGCUGUGUUGUUAUUUUAAAUAUAUUUUGUUUUAUUUAUUUUUUGUAAUAAAAGUCGCAACUUUUUUUUGUUAUACUAUCGUUAUUAUUAAAUUCAAACAUUAACAUUACCUUUACAAAUGGUUUUUCUUGUUAUUUUUAAUAAGAAAACAGUAUUCUGUAGCUGAGAAAUUAAAUUUCUUCUACACCGAUAA